GUUAUAUUGACGGGGGAACUUUGCACAACAAGCUAGACCCACAAUUCACUAGCAAUUUGUUUGCACGUACUGUUUCCCUUUUCAAAAUAUUAUACAUUUGUCUAUAAAUAUUUUGAGUCCAAUCACCCAAAAAAGAUCGCUUUCUUUUUUAUUUAUUUUUAAAGAUUUUAAAAUUCGAAUUUUCAAGUAAAAUCAUUCCGGGAUCUCGGAAUAUAGGAUAUGGUGGACCGAAACGUACCGGAUAGGACGAAUGUGCCAAUACAGCACCAACGUGAGUUUUCCGAUAGGAUACAGGGAGAAGAUUUGGAAUUUCAUUCAAGAGCUACUCGAGAUUUCCCUGUUACACAUAAAAUUGAAAGAUUAAGAGAAAUCCCACCUCCUUCAUUCUUAACAAACUUAUCUGCAACACAAUUGGUCACCCUUUCAGGAGCUGCCUCUGGGUUUCUAGCUGGAGUGGUGGUAUGUCCAUUGGACGUUGUUAAGACAAGACUUCAAGCAAAGGGAGCUGCAACCAUUAUUCAAGGUAGACAAAGAUAUCAUGGAUUUAUAGGAGAAUUUAGAAACAUCAUAGCAGAGGAAGGGUUUAGAGGAUUAUAUAGAGGUUUAGUACCCAUAACAAUUGGCUAUUUACCCACUUGGACCAUAUAUUUCACCAUUUAUGAAAAAGCAAAGGGAUUUUAUCCUCAAUUUAUGGAUAAGAAUUUUGGAUUGAAUAUUGAUUCAUUAAAUCAUUUUUGUGCGGCUCUUACAGCAGGUCUGGCCUCUUCUAUUGCAGUGAAUCCAAUCUGGGUGGUUAAAACUAGAUUAAUGACUCAAGUAGCUAAACCAAAGGAUUCAAUUAACAAAAAACAACAUUAUUAUAAAGGAACAUUUGAUGCAUUUAAAACUAUGUAUAGAGAAGAGGGAUUCAGAGUCUUUUAUAGUGGGUUAGUCCCAUCAUUAUUUGGAUUAUUACAUGUUGGAAUUCAUUUCCCAGUAUAUGAAAAAUUGAAACAUCUAACUGGUUGCAACGUUGCAACUACAAGUUCUCAUUCUCAAUUUGAGGAUAAUAAUAAUUCUUCCUCUAAUUCUGCAGCAGCAGCUGAGGGAAUUGAUUUUACCAAUGGACCAAGUCAUUUAUUGUGGAGACUUAUAUUUGCAUCUUCAUUAGCUAAAAUGAUUGCUAGUACAAUUACAUAUCCACAUGAAAUUCUUCGAACUCGAAUGCAAAUACGAACCAAACAAAAUUGCAUAGAUCAAGAUGGUAUUAUUAAAGCUAUUAGUAAGAUUUACCGUAAAGAAGGUUGGAAGGGGUUUUAUGCAGGGUAUGUUGUAAAUUUGGCUAGAACAGUACCAGCAAGUGCCAUAACCCUUGUAAGCUUUGAAUAUUUCAAGACAUAUUUAUUAGAAAUAAGUGGAAAGACCUUAUAGCAUAGCAU